AAAAAAGAUCAAAACAGAGGAAUUUCACACCUCUGCCAUCCGUACAAUCCGCACAUCUUUUCGUCUCCGUCUUCCUUUCUCUCUCUAACUCCUCUCCCUUCUUUUUCACUUUCUCUCUCUAUAACCAUAUUUUGUUUCCCACACACCGGAUGGUCAUGUCGUCCGGUUGUCCCACCACCACCGCCACCGCAACCGCCGCCUCCACCAACGUCAGCCCAAGUAGCCACGCAGCAGGACCCACCAUAGCCGCCACCACCACCAGACGACGAGUGGACGCCACCUGCGUCAGCAGCACGGCGGCGGCGGUUGCCAACAACAGCAUUGAUAAACCAACCAAUAAUUUCGAUCAUGUGAAUUUCGACUCGGAGGAAGAAGACAACAGCAAUCCCAACGGCUCUUCUACUGGGCCCUACCACCACCACCACCACUACCACCACCAUCACUACCAUCACCACCAUCCGGUGAUCAGGCAUUUGUUGCUACGUAGGAAACUGUUCUUUUUUCUACCGGAGGGUUGGGUGCUCGGGCUGGAAGAUGGGUGCCAUUGGAUGAUGCAGUGCAUGACCUCCGGGAAGAAUUUUGGCCGGAAAAUAUUUGCGUUUUUGAUGCUGAUGGUGGUUUUUUCUGUGUUUGUUAAAGUUUCGAUUGUGGAUCAUCAUGUUCUUGAUUUUAAGAGGAAAUUUAGUAAUAGAGAGUUAAUUAUUACUAAUUAUCAUAAUGAUGCUUCUGUUAUUCAAAAUAAUAUCGUCUCUGAGAUUAAUGACGCGUCUACUGAACCCUCCAAGCCAAUGCGGACGCUGGACAGAUUAAAGACCCCAGAAAUUUGGAUGAAACCCAAUAGUGACAGUUACUUUCAAUGCAUAGGUCGGCCAAGGAAUCAAAUAAAGUCAAAAAAGACAAAUGGGUACCUUAUUGUUCAUGCUAAUGGUGGACUAAAUCAAAUGAGAACAGGAAUUUGUGAUAUGGUUGCUGUUGCCAAGUUGAUGAAUGCAAGUCUUGUUCUUCCUUCUCUUGAUCAUGAUUCUUUUUGGACUGAUCCAAGCACUUUCAAGGACAUUUUUGAUUGGAGGCAUUUCAUAGAAUCCUUGAAGGAUGAUGUUGAUAUUGUAGAGUAUUUGCCACCCAAUUAUUCAGCAAAAAAGCCCUAUUUAAAGGCUCCUAUUUCCUGGUCUAAGGCUAGCUAUUACAGAGGAGAGAUGGCAUUGUUAUUAAAGAAGCACAAGGUGAUCAAGUUCACCCAUACUGAUUCAAGGCUGGCUAAUAAUGGCCUUGCAUUCUCUAUUCAGAAGCUGAGGUGCCGUGCUAAUUAUGAAGCGCUCCGGUAUUCCCAGGAGAUCGAGGAUCUCGGCAAGAUAUUGGUUGAUAGACUAAGGAAUAACAGCGAACCUUAUGUCGCUCUGCACUUAAGGUACGAGAAAGACAUGCUUUCUUUCACUGGCUGUAACCACAAUCUCACAGCAGGAGAGGCUGAGGAACUCAGGGAUAUGAGAUACAAAGUCCAGCAUUGGAAGGAGAAAGAGAUCGACAGCAAAGAACGGCGACUUCAAGGGGGAUGUCCAAUGUCUCCAAGAGAAGCCGCUAUGUUUCUUAAAGCCAUGGGCUACCCUUCCACUACGACUAUAUACAUUGUUGCAGGAGAAAUAUACGGUAGCAAUAGCAUGACAGCUUUUCGAGCAGAGUUCCCAAAUGUUUUUACUCAUUCUACCCUAGCAACAGCAGAAGAGCUAGAACCAUUCGCACAUUAUCAGAAUCGCCUCGCUGCCUUGGAUCAUAUCGUGGCACUUGAAAGCGAUGUUUUUGUUUAUACAUAUGACGGAAAUAUGGCCAAGGCAGUUCAGGGGCAUAGGAGGUUCGAAGGUUUUCGAAAGACCAUCAACCCCGACAGACAAAAUUUUGUUUCAUUGAUCGAUCAGUUUGAUGACGGUACAUUAUCUUGGGAAGAAUUCUCUUCAAAAGUUAGAAGUUCUCAUUCCACCAGGCUUGGAUCUCCAUAUCUUAGACAAGUAGGAGAAUCACCGAGGCUGGAAGAGAACUUCUAUGCAAACCCUUUUCCUGGCUGUGUAUGUAACAAAUCCCAGGAGCAUUUAACCAACCUCAAGUUUGACCCCAUGGUAAAACCAACUAUGGAGGCUGCAUCACAAAGAUAGUGGGUAAAUUUGGCGUUUCCGUCCAUUUUUCGACACUAUCGCAGAAUCAGUGUCUGCAUUGAGCGGCUUUUGCCUAGAGAAGGGACUGGAGUAGCCAGGAGUAGGGUGAAAAAGUCCUGAGGUUUCUCAUACUAUACAUACAGAAGACACAUGUCUAUUUUUUUUGUUUUUUGGGGUUUAGAUAGAGGAUUUAACCAGAAAAUUAGGAGGGGGUAGAAGAUGAAUUAUAAUUGUUAGGUGAAUCAGGUUAGCAACACAGGCAUGGAAUGAAAUUCCAUUUGGAUUUGGAGCUAAAGAUUGUUCAUUUAUUCAUUAUUUCAGAGAAUACAAUCAUAUAUUAUUCUUUCCUUUUUA